AUGCUGAGCGGCAGAGACUGUCUCCCCACUGCCCCAGGGCUGAGCCACCCACCGCUGCCACUGCCCCCAGGGUACCCCCCAGCCUCUGGUUACUCCACCUUCCUGUCUGAGCAGCUGCCGCCUGGCACGCUCCAGUACCAAGAGCUGAUGCCGCCAGGGAGCUGCCUGCCUGAGGAGACCAAGCCCAAGAGGGGACGCCGAUCAUGGCCUAGGAAGAGGACAGCCACACACACCUGUGACUAUGCAGGCUGUGGCAAAACCUAUACCAAGAGCUCUCAUCUCAAGGCACAUCUGAGAACCCACACAGGUGAGAAGCCUUAUCACUGUGACUGGGAGGGCUGUGGAUGGAAGUUUGCCCGAUCCGAUGAACUUACUCGUCACUACAGAAAACACACAGGCCACCGCCCUUUCCAGUGCCAGCGGUGUGAUAGAGCGUUUUCCAGGUCGGACCACCUUGCCUUACACAUGAAGAGGCACUUUUAAUUGGAAGCAGUGGAUCUUUCCCCAGCUGCUGUUGAGAUUCAGUAUUUACAGCACAAGGACUGUUUUCUGCAAGAUGGGGAGAACACAGUUUAAGCACUACAGAUAACCAAGGUGAAGUCUUUCAAAGAGUGGAAAAGAGGGAUAAUUGCAUACAGACAUUGCAACUUUUUUUUAUAUAGAUACAUUUAAAAGAAAAGAGAACCAAAAACAUUGGGGUCAGUGACUGGAUCUUCUAUCAUUCCAUUUGUAAAUCCAACUUGAAUUAUUUCCGGACUACAAAAUGCCAAGGAGUGACUGGGAGUCACGGAUAUCAGGGUUAAACAGACUGUGUAGUUCGGAGGGUGGGGAUAUUACACAGGGAAAUGAAAUUCCCUUAGUUUUCUUUCAAUGCAAUAUUAGAUGUAAAUGUCAUCUUGUACUUUCCUUUUUUUCCUUCUAAAAGCCAUUAUGAUGUUAAAAGAG